AACUCACAACCAUAGAGGGCAAUGGGUUCGUUAACUGAUUGAAGUAUUUUUAGGCCGAUCCUAAAUAGGGAUGUUGAGUUUUAUGUUCAUUUCGAUGAAAUAGAAGGCCCUUCUUGCCCUGUCUCUUUGAUGGUUCACAGCUUUGUGGAAGUUACCCGUGGCGCUGAUGUUUAGGCCGAAGUAGGUGUAAUUCUUUGUGUGCUUUAGAGCAACAGUGUCUAGAUGGAAUUUGUAUUUCUUGUCUUGGCUACUGGACAUUUUUUAGAACACCAUUAUUUUUGUCUUACUGAGAUUUACUGUCAGGGCCCAAGUCUGACAGAAUCUGUGCAGAAUAUCCCUCUCUCUCUCUUUCUCCCUGACAGUUGGCUGGAGGUGUGAUCUUGGGAGUGGCACUAUGGCUUCGUCAUGACAACCAGACCAGCAGUCUCCUCAUGCAGCAGUUUGAAGGCCAGCAGGCUCCAAACACCUUCUAUAUCAGUGUGUACAUCCUGAUAGCGGUGGGAGCUGUGAUGAUGUUUGUAGGGUUCCUUGGUUGCUAUGGUGCCAUCCAGGAAUCUCAGUGUCUCCUGGGAACGUUCUUCUUCAUGCUGGUGUGCCUCUUCGCCUGUGAGGUGGCUGCUGGGAUCUGGGGAUUCAGUAACCGAGACACAAUCUCCAAGGAGAUGAUUAACUUCUAUGAUGUGGCUUACAUAAAGUCAGUGGAUGUCGUAGACUCCCCCACCAAAACAGCUGCUAUCAAAGUCCUGGAGGUGUUCCACGAGACUCUGGACUGCUGUGGUAAAGGAGAUGAUUCCCCCUUAUUCAAACAAGUAGCCGGAGCCCUGUGUCCCAAGAAGACCCUGGACGAUGCCUUGUUGAAACCACAGAGCUGUCAUCUGAAGCUGAAGGAACUGUUCGCUGAGAAGCUCUGCCUGAUUGGUCUAGCUGCCCUGGUGGUCGCUGUCAUCAUGAUCUUUGAGAUGAUCUUCACCAUGGUUCUCUGCUGUGGGAUCCGCAACGCCACCCCAGUGUACUAGAACCACAGAACUGUAAUAGAACCACGGAACCAUAGAACCACGGAAACAUGGAAUCAUAGAACCACAGAACCAUAAUGGAGGGAGAAGUCAACUAAGGGGAUACAAAUGUUACGUUUUGUGUUGUAGUUCCUGUUCAUUCUUAUUAUAUUGCAGGCUCAUGUACAGUUUUAUGUGUACAUUUCAUAUGUACAUUUCUAUCAGUAUUUUUUUAAUGGAGACUAGAUUUUACUACAGUAUAUUUGUUAAUUAUGUUUUAACAAUACUCCUAAUAUAAGUUUGAGUCUUUCGAUGAUCGUUGAUUAAAUGCCAGGCUGUGACCAACAGACAUUCAGCAUCUCUCUAAUGCUAAACCUUUUACUAAUUGAUUUUUUUUUAUCUUUGAGCCUUUUGUAUGUUUUCGUGCAGGACUACUCCAAGGCUGAAGAGUUCAGUGCUCUUUUUUAUGGUUGUAUAAUCUGUAGAUAUUCAUUGAGAAUGCGUCCAAAAUGGCACCCUGUUCCCUUUAUAGUGCACUACUUUUCCCACGGUCCAUGAGGGCUCUAGUGAAAAGUAGUGCACUGUAUAGAGAAUAGGGUGCUACUUUGGGACGCAUCCUGUAUUUCAUUAGUGGUUCGGCUACGCUUGAAGUGGAAUAAAAAAGGUGCAGACAAA